AUGGCGGCCGCCGUCAAGCUGCCGGUGGCAGCUCUGCCACAUUCCUGCUGGCUCCGAAAAUAUGUUUUCCUCUGCACAGCAUGUGGAGGACUGUCUGUACUCUUGGGAAUACUGUUUCUCACAGUAUACUUCAUGCUACGAUCAUACACUUCUUCACUGAAUUACUUUGAAACUGUACCAACUUACGUACCAGCAACUAUGCUCAUUGUCACUGGAUUAAUUGUGAUGUGUUUGGCAAGUAGGAAGAAUCGUUACGAAUACCUAAUCAAGCUGUGUGGGAUAUGUUGUUUAGUUGGCGGUGUGCUGUGUAUUGUGGUGACCAUUAGCACAACAGUUAUACAUAUGAGUAGGCUCCAAACUCUACGUGAAUGUAUGUACACACAAAAGACACAGACCUGCACAUGCUAUUCUGCUUUGCUACAGUCAUCAGACAAAACGGAGGAAGGUUUACGGUAUGUCUUCAACUCAACACCAGACUGUGAUGUCAUCCAUGGAGCACUCUACUCAUGCUUACGAGCUUUAUUUGGAUUAUCUGUUAUUGGAAUUCUAAUAUGUAUUUUUUCUUGUAUGCUGGUCUAUCAGCUUCUCAGUCAUGAAAAAAAGAAAAUGUACUGGGAACAAUUGGAGAUGAGUUGUCGUUAUAUGUAUCGACAACAGCACACAGCACGCCACUGCAACUGCUGCGAUGAUUGCCGCUACCCUCUUCCACAUGAAGGAUUCCCUUGGCAGCCAGAUACAAUGCAUCCCACUCACAGAUACUGGACACCACGCAGAGUGGGUAACCUAUAUUCACCAAACCCAGGUGAAGAUGGGAAUUCAAAUACACACAGGCCUACAUCUGGCUGGAGCUGGUGUCGUUUGCCCUGGGCUCGAGGCAAUACAACCAACCAAAAUACCAGAGAAAGCAGUCAAAAUUACCGGAAUACCACUAGCAGUCCAGACAGUCAAUAUGGUUUCAGCAGCCGUCCAAAUCCAGACAUGCAUAACCACCAGGGAGAGAGGAGAGUUGGUGUUGCAUCUGUACAAGUGGAGAGUUAUGGCCCAGGUUACUACAUGUGGGGACCACCACCGCCAUACUCAAACCAUAAUAGUCCAGCUCAUCGUGAACCUAUCCUUGGUGUGCUCCCACAUUCUAGUUCUAUGAGCCCACCAUGUGUCAGUCAUGUUCACAGACACUGUCAUGUACAAGGCCAGUUUCUUGGAGAGCAGAACUGCUUUGGCAAUUCACAGCUCCAGGCAGCAGGCUCCAAUGACACAAAUGUGGAAGAAGUUAGGAAAAAUGUGCUUACUGAAAAUUAUACAAAUGCAGAUGAAUCAAAAUUACCUGCUUCAGCUGACAGUAGCAGUGAAAAUACUAAAAAUUCAUCAGUUAGUAGAGAAAGAGUAAGUAACACACUCCCAGUACGAAAAGCAAAGAAGAGGAUAGAUAUUUCAUCUGUGAAAUCAGUUGCUAACAUACCAUUUUCUGUUGAUCAAAAGAAACAGCACACAUCUCCAACUCAUGUUGUUGCUAUUAAUACAACAUCCAGUUUCCCACGAAAAAGUAUACAAUUAUUAUUUGGUCAACAACGUCAGAUAACAGAAGCAUACCGCAGCCAAAGUAUGUCUGAAAAACUAGCAUUAAAUGAUUUUAAUGUUGCUGAUAAAUUGACUCCACAUAGUUUGGAAAUGACUGAUGGUCAUUCAGAGCCAGAGGAUGAUGGAAGACCGCCAAAUCACAGCUCACCACAAAUGCGAGGUGUGGCAAGUUCAGCUUUUACUGUACAUGAAGCUCCACAUGGAAAUGGAAAUGAACCAACUGAAUCUGAGGUUUAUUUUGCUGAUGUUUCUUCUUGCUGUAAUGUGUCUGUUCACAAUGAUGGGCCAGGUUCAUCUUUCUAUGAUGAAGCUUCAGCUCCACAGAAACAAAAUGUUACAGCUUCUUCAGCAGAAGAGCCUAUUGUUCCCAAACCAGAAGUAUUACACCAAGUAUCAGUGUUUUGCCACAUCAGAUAA